AUGUCAACAGCUCUUUACAUUUACGAUUGUUUGUAUCCCUCAGUGACAAGAGAGGAUCUUCCAAGAGUUCCCACAGGUUCUCCUACAGGAGUUCCCAUACUCUGGAUAGUGCUGGGAGUUUCCGUAGCUCUUUCUGCUUUGGUGGUGGGGAUAAUUGUCUACCGUAAGAGAGCAAAGAUGAGUGAACGGUAUUUCAUAAAAUGUUAUAGUCUAUAUGAAUGCUUUGUAUUAUGAUAAUGAUAUGCGUGCGGAAAAAGACGAUAUUUUUUCUGUGUAAGUGUCUGUUGGUCUUUAAGUGUCUCUUUCUCAGUCAAGUCGCGCUGGUGAGUGACCUUCCUUACAGACCAAGGCGAUGUACUUUUAUCACCAUGUAUGAACCAGGAAGCCAUCUCUGAUUUAAGCAUUACCACAAGCCCAUGAUUAAUGACGACGAGUAUCAUUAACAUUUAAUUUGCACUAUUUUCUCUAGGUCCAGUGAGUCUGACAUUGCUGAGUUUAUGUUGCUGGAAGUCCCACACGAGCGGGUUACUAUCAUGGAGGAACUGGGACGAGGCUCUUUUGGAAUUGUUUAUAAGAGCGUGAUGAGGGGGGUACCUGAAAAGAAUACAUUCUCCAAACCAAAGGAUCACAGUUUGGAUUCGCAUGAGGGACGUAUUGUUGCUACAAAAGUUCUACCAGGUGCGUGAAUUCAGAAUAUGGAAAAAAGAUAACUUACUCUUUCAGCAAACGCUAUUCAGGAGAGUGAUUCUUAUUAAUAACAGGCAAGAGAGGCUCUCUUGUAACAGGUUUGAAUAUUUAAUCCAAUAGAUAGCAAACAUUAUAUCGUGGAAAACAGCAUCUCAAUGCCCCAGUCGGUAACAGUGGGCGCUUUCCAUUUAGUCAAAAUUUCCGGAAUUUCCGGUUCGGUGGUAAAUGGAACACGUUUCGUCGGUUCGUCCCACUGGAAAAUUCCCAGAAAAAGUGGAAAAUCUAAAAAGGUGGGCACGUUUUCCCGGUUGGAAUUUCCAAACGGAAUUUCGUCUUCCAUUUACACGUUUCUCGUAGUUUGUACCAGUUCCAGGUCCACGGCAUGAAAAUCUGUCACUGCCACUUAGCAAAUCAAAAUGGUUUUUUGCUGGGCCCACAAUGGAGGCACUUUUGCACCACGAGUGCCCUGGCCUUGGAUUAAUUGGUAAGUAUCUAGUAAUGAGUAAUAGCAAUAUUUAUUCAGAGGUUCAUAUUCACUGAAGAGAAUCCCUGCAAUUUUUCUGCUGACACGCUUUUCCCGCCAUUUGCUCUCUUCAGACGCUUUUUCUUGAGAUUCCAGUCGGUCGCCUUCACCCUAUUCUGAAACUAUGACAUCUAACAAACUAACAAACUGGGAAGAUCGUCAUGUCAGGAACUUAAUCACCUCUGGGGCCGUCGGGCACCGCGACGUACCGGGGUUUACGACCAAAUAGAACAACUUUUUACUAGUCGGCAAUUCCAGUUUUGCUUCCAGCCAAAUUUCCAGUAUUUUUUCCUAAAUGGAAAGCGCCCAGUGUGAUGUACCUCAGGGGCCCAUUUUUGAUCUUAAAUUUUGUUUUGUUUUGUUUUCUUAUAUUAUAUAUUACUAAUAUUAAUGACCUCCCUGAAUGUUUCCAAUUUACCACACGUUUUGCAUGAAUCAAUCAGUGUAGACAUAAAAACCUUCAGUAAGAUCAGAACAUUGAUAAGGCGUGCUCCAAGGUUAGUCGUGUUACAAGUGGUCUUAGACAAGCUCGAGAUUAUGUCACAUUAUUUAAAUGUACUAAAAAGUAUACAGCGCUUAAAUCGAUGCCCGUGUUCGAGCGAAAACCGAGCGGGCACCUUUUAACAAAACCACACAGAUAUAAAAAAUGCAAAACAGAGCAGGCUGCAUGAUCACUCCUCAGGGCUGUGAGACGAUAACAGACUAUCUCUUUAAACCAAUUCAAAAUAUUAGUGCAUGCCUUCGUAAUGUGUAGAUUGGUCGUUCUCUUAUGUUAUCUUUCGAAAUACGUUAUUCACAUGUUUCAGUCACUUGAGAACUUUAUCUGAUCGUAUUACUGCAGCUUUACUUAGAGAACUACAUUGGCUUCCCUUGAAGCAUGAGUAGCGGAAUUUUAAAUUAUUUAUGUACGAGCUAUAAUCAUCAUUUGUUUCAAACUUACAAGCCUGUUAGGAGUUCACGAUCAUCAACCAUGAACUUGUUAAUUAGUGACACCCAGAUCAAGGCUAAAAUUUUAUCGGGCGAUCAUGCUUUUUUCGUUUUUUGCCCCUAAACUUUGGAAUGAUUCUCCAGAACACAUACAGUGUAAAAUAGAGUGUGAAUAUUCGUUCUUCUAAGAAAAAUCUUAAAGCUCUAAAAACUUCUAAGCUUUAUUUUUAUUUCGUAGUUUUGUUUAACAAUUUGUCUAUUUUUUAAUGUUACGAGUUACUGCUUUCUAGUCGUUUAAGUUGAAAACAUUUAUUGUAAAGCGCCUUUGAGCUUGAUGAUGAUAAUGAUGAUGAUGAUAAUGAUGAUGUUGACAGUGAGCCGCAAACCCUUCAUGAAACCCAACUACAAAAGCAUACUGGGAUGUCCCUGUCUAUGCAGAGUCAAUGGAAGUGAGCCAAUUGGAUAGAUGCGUAAGGAUUACAAAUGUGCACUCAAAGAAAGUCAUAUUACUGGAGAUGAACUGCCCGUGGGUCGAGAAUAAGGAAGCAAUUAAAGAACACAAAACGUGGCGUCUAAGAUUAAAGAGAAAAGUUUCCGGACUAAAAGAUCAUCCAGUAUCACAUCAUGUUACAUGUUGUGUUUGGUGAUCGCUGGAUGAAGAGAACUAACGGUUUUUCUUUGAGACUUUGUUUUAUCUACGUCACUUAACUUAGGGAAACAAUUCUUUAACAACCAGAUUUUUUUCUCAAGCAGAAAUUAGGACCUGAGCUAUUGACUGUUAAUUAGUUCCUUUUUUCUUUAGAUCUGGUUUUAGUUGUUCAGUAGUAACUGAUAUCGUGUAGCAUAUACGUAGGUCACGGUUACCUGGCUUUUCGUUAAAUGUCUUUUGUUUUUUAGAAAAUGCCACGGAAGAGGACAAACAGCAGUUAGUUCGGGAAAUCGAGCUGAUGAAGGAAGUCGGCACACACCGUAAUAUUGUGAGCAUGCUCGGGUACUGGAUCCAAUCACCUCCCAUUAUGUUAAUCAUGGAAUAUGUUCCAAACGGAGAUCUUCUUCAGUGGCUCAGAAACAAAAGGCAACAGGUAUCAUUACUUUAUCAGCUGUGUCAACAAAAAUUUGCUGCCCUCUUUUUUGCCCUUUGUUUAAAAAAUAUCUUCUCUUCAUGAUUCGCAAUAGGGCUGCGCACAGGUAUAUUUCUAGAACUCAAACUCAGUCAAACAAAUUCCUCAAUUUUGUUUGUCUUUUUGUUAUUAAAAUGUCAAGUUUGUCUGACUUUUGUCGUGAAAAUAACAAAAAUGGCAGAUUUCAGACAAACAUGGCAAAUUAGUAACACUGACGUCAUUAGUAUUCUGUGCUGCACUUUAAUUUUCUAAUGAACAUCGUCCUGGGCGUGUAUGUUCUUUUUCUUACAUUGUAUGGUCUCUUAAGGCAGAGGGAAAAUCCUCUACCUCAUCACACGUCUAAAAACCAUCGUCUUCAGUAAAAAUAAUAAGAUGGUAAACAACUUGAUGUGAGAAUUUGUACAUGUUGCUUAUAAUACAGAGGUGCACUAACUGAAUGUAGAUAUCAAUGCAACCGGAUAUUCGUAUUUUUCCAAACGCAGUUUAUACAGCCAGACUGUUUAGAUGCUAUUCAUGUAUUCGGAAAACAAAGAUCGGUAAAUACACAACAAUUUGUAUUCAACGCUGAGUUAAUAAAGCCAAGCUUGCCCUGGUAAGAUCAGUUAAGGUUUCCGGGAAACUGCCCACCUAUCCCUCCCCUAAGUCACAUUUUGCCCUGAGUGACAAGGUAGUGUUAAUGUUGUCUUAGGAGAGGGAAGGUGGUCAGAAAAGAAAACAAAACAACGUUUUGAGCGUUUACCCCUGGGGGUACUCCCGCCCGAUAGGAUGAGGAUCUCCAUCCUUAAAUAUGGUACCGUUAUUCUUUCAGGUAAAAUUCACGUGCGUUAAUGCCCAACACACGAGAAACAAAUCAUAGAUCUGUUAAAACUGAACUUUACCCUAGAGCUGAUUAGGAGCGCGAUUCAAGGAAGUUUUUUUCUGUUUCCUUUAAUUCUUAGGUUUUGUUUUCCCCUUGAACUGGGCCUCAUUUUCCAUGUUUGGGUCUUUAAUAUGAUAUUGGUUUUCGCUUGUCUCAACUAUUCGAAAUUUUUGAGAGUACCCCCCUCCCCCCCAGGUGGGCAUUAACCUUUUCUGGUCAGAAUGAAUCACGGGAUUACUAAUGGUGGAGCUACUCUAUUGUUUGAACAUGGUAACAAGACAAGAAUAGUUUACUUCAACAAACGCUUUUCAUUCUAGUAAUUUACUUGUUUCUUUUCUCAUUUUCCCAUGUAUUCACCAACAGUUGAGGUCCGCCAUUUGAUAAACCGUCCUUGAUUCGAGCUGACAAAGGGCUUCCACUCAAAAUGCUAGUCAGCUUUUCGAUCCACGAUCUUUCAAUGGUGGCAAGAUGAGUUAUUCAAAUCAGCCGAUAACACGAGAGUUUUGCUUUUCAACCCCCGACCGAAGCAGUAGAAAAGUUUCUUUUUAAAAGGCCCUUCAAAAUGUUUUGGUGGACAUAAUGAUUGUCCGUCGAGAGUUUCAAAACCGCCGCCGUCUGCUGAGCGGGAGGCCGUAGGUUCAAACCCCGGCCGGAGCAACACCCAGGGUCUUUAAAUAACUGCGGAGAAAGUGCUGCCUUUGUAUAAUAUCUGCAAAUGGUCUGACUUUCUGGUCUUCUCGGAUAAGGACGAUAAACCGUAGGCCCCGUCUGACAAGCCCUUGCAAAUGUAAUAAAUCUGUGGGACGUUAAAGAACCCACACACUCGCUCUUCGUGAAGAGUAGGGCACGUAGUGGCCGGUGUAGUGGUUUAUCUCACGUUCACGCUCAUGUAUGGGGGCAUCAUUACUCAUUCCUUCAUUACUUGUAAAAUGCACCUUAUGCAGUCUGGCAAAGUCCCCCAAACAGCGUUGUAAAUUACACAUAACACGAGCCGAAAGCCCUGUACGAGAUAUGACGUUUAAUCCAUUUGAAUUUUCCGUGGACGCCUUAAAGAAAGUUAGCCCAUAAGGUAUUCCCGGCUAGAUUUUCAGUUUAACGUCGGUUAAGUAAUCUUUCAAUUCACAUGGAUUCCUUUUAAAUUGGUAAAAAUAUUUCGGCUGAACCAACUGAUAGUGCUGAAAUUGUUUCUGCUGACAAAACCGUUUCAUGAUCAGAAGGGAUUCAUUUCAAUAUUUUUUUGCAGCUUACAAUGAAAAAGAGUCAGCAAAGUGAUGUCGUUGAAAGGCUUAAGCCUCCUGUUCCUGAGAGACCGAAAUUGGUGUCAAGGAACCUGCAAACAAAAGAUGUCCUGGAUGAAAACCUGGAAGAGGAGAAGAGCGAAAGAAAUAAUGAAGAAAGUGGAAAAGACGGUGGUUAUCAUUCCAACGAGACGAAGGAAAUUAAAAUCGACCUGGACGACGUUGAAAGAGGAAUUCUAAUCAACGAUGCUCCUCGAUCUGAGAUGGAACCUCUGUGCUCAAACUUGGAAGACGAAGAUGACAAGGAGGAAGAAGAAAGUGACGAUGUCAACACGUCAUUUCUACAAAAUGAAGGACGAAAGGGGUCGGCUGCGUCGGUGAUGGUGUUACCCUCGAUCAAAAUUGCCCAUUUCUCCAAAGAAAAAGAGCUCACUCUUGCUGAGCCCUUAAGAAACGUCGAAGAAAAGAUCACCAUCGAGAAAGAAGAAAGCAGCUGUGAGGGCAAGGAAGAUGAUGAAGAAGACAUUUCUGGGAAAGAAGUUCUAUGUUAUGCGUGGCAGAUUGCUAAAGGGAUGGUAAGAAUUUUUUCGACUGAAGAAUGCCUUGAGCAAUUUAGUCAUCAUUUGCAAAGCACAAAAAUCUGCCUCUUCCCCAUAUUUAAAAAACGUCUUUUUAGGGCGUGGUAUUCCACGGAGGGCUUCAUUCCACUCACCCCAAGUCUCCCUGAAAAACAGCAUUUAAUUAAGUGUCAACAGGUGUCAACGGGCUUUCUUCCGCGGUUGAAAAACUUAAUAACCUUAUUUUUCAGCCAAUAUUCAUCCCUUCGAGUUAUCGAGGGUAAAAUUGUAUGGAAAUGAUCUGAAGGGAAACAAAAAUUACUUCGAGAUAGCGGGAGUUUCGAGUUAUCGAGGGUUCGAGUUACCGAGGGUAAAUUAGGGUAAAUGUAUGAAGGAAAUCCAAGGGAAAUCGAUUUUGGUUCGAGUUAGCACAAGGUUUGAGUUAGCGAGGGUUCGAGUUGUCGGGAGUCGACUGUAGUUCACUUAGCUUGUUCAACUUUGAGGGCUUUUUUUGCUGAAAAGAAUACGUUGCGGGGUUUUCUUGGCCAAUUCCUUAAUUUGUUUCUUCGUUUUCCAACAGCUGUGACGGAAAUCCUCCAUCCUUUCUUCAUGAAUAGACCCACGAUCACUUCCUCCUGCUUUCCGGACCGUUUGCCUGGCACAGCUUGCAGUAGCCUUUUCCAGGCUCUCGAUAGUAGGGAUGUUGCGUAAGCGUAAGGCACCGGCAAAAAUAUAAACGCGUGAUCUAGAAUUGAAAAGGGGGCGGUGGCGGGCCAUUUUUGAGCCUGGAACAGACGUUUCAUUGCACUUGGUUGCUUUCCCGCCAAAUCGUUAAAUCAGUGGGAGUUCCUUUACAACGAUAUCCCGAUUAAACUGCUAUCCCCCUGCCAUAUCGUAAAAUCGAGGUUCCAAUUUACUUUCAUAUUGACCAAUCAAAAUGGAAAUUUGUGUUGAUCUAAGGGUAUCUGGUAAUUAAAAAUUGUUGGAGACAUAAUUUCGUUAUUUCUCUGCCAGGAAUACUUAGCCAGCAAAGGAUUCAUUCAUCGUGACCUGGCAGCCCGUAAUAUCCUACUUGGUGAGGACAGAGCGGUGAAGAUCGCUGAUUUUGGUUUGUUACGCCGUGUAAAUGAGAAUGAGAUAUACGAAGUUACGAGCGUAAACAAGCUACCAAUGAAAUGGAUGGCACCUGAAGCGUUGGAAAGCGGCAUUUUUACUUUCAAGACUGACGUGUAAGUAUAUGAUAUGUUAAUAAGGUCACUGUUAGGCCAUGCAGUGUGACGUUGAGGUUCGAGAUAACAUAAACCCUGCAAUGUUUAGAACUGUCUGAAAAAAAAAAAAAAAAAGAGCACAAUUUUGACACUGCUUAUAGGAGCGGUUAUCACUCUAUCUCUAAAGGAAUACUCAAGUAUUUGGAAAACAUUAGCCUGUUCCAUGCGUGAAAGUUGAAAAUAAGAGAUAUAAAUAGAAACUUUGAGCCGAUGAAGUUAAUCUGAGACCAUCUUGGAUAUUAGAUUCCACACCCCACAUCCCUUAUUCCAGAUACUGGAUUCCAGAUUCCAACUCAGAUUCAUAGUUAGCGGGAUUCCAGAUUCCAAAGUCCAUGAUUCCGAGCAAAAACUUCCAGGAUUCCGCAAUCCGUAUCACCUUCCAUGGGGCGAGAUAAACAAAAUUGAUAUUUCUAUGAAAUUUAAUUCUUGCUAUUUCUUUAUCUACUUCCUUUUAUUGCAGGUGGUCUUUUGGAGUUGUUUUGUGGGAACUAGCCACCAUGGGUAAGCUGGUCUUAAAAAUCUUUGUAUAUUGAUGCUGGUAGAAUAAUACUCUUACUAGUCAUUUUCCUAUACGCAAGGGAAUUGAGAGGAAUCCUCCAAGAAAGUAGUUAGAGAAAAGAUUACUGUUCGGUUUUGAGAUAGCAGUCACAGGAGAUUUGAACCGCUUUAUAAAAGAGGCCAUUCUUGCAUAAUGUCUUGAUUGCUAAACAACUAGAAAAAAUAAUAGGCUCAUUUCCGCAGCUCUCUCAGCCGUCUUUACCGGGGAGGAGCGCAGGCUCAUAAUAAUCCAGCCUGUAAGUCAUACCUUUAACCACAACGUGACCUGACAUCGCGAGUUCGAAUGGAGAUCAGAAGUUUGAUUUAACACUAAAAUUGCACGACAGGAAGUGAAAUUAUCACUUUAUUACAGCCAUUUUGAAAUCGCAGAAUGCAAUCUGUACCAGCAGUGAUUGGCCGUGGCACCAGAUAAGUUAGCUCGUUAUCCCCCAUACUCGUUAACAUAUAUUCUGAAGCCAUGCUAAGAGAUGCUUUAAGUGGUGUGAAUAAAAGUAUUCGAGUGGGAGGUCAUCUCAUUAAGACAGUGCGCUUUGCGGAUGAUCAAGCAACCUUAGCCAGUUCAGUUAAAGGUCUGCAACUUAUGAUGGGUAAAAUGCAGGAAAGCGUGGGGGAAUAUGAUAUGAAGAUCAAUGUUAAGAAGACUAAGGUGAAGAAAAUCUGUCAGAGGCCUGGGGCCCGUUUCUCGAAAGUCCCGAUAAUUAACGGGCCCGGUAAGCUGUCUCCAUUUACAUUAAAGAUCGAGGUUUCAAUAGUUUUGCAUCUAACAUGAUAAAACUAUCAGUUAAUAAAACAAAAUGGAGUAGUUUGCUAGCCAGGACCAGCGCUCUUAUUCUUUAUAUUUCGAUUUGAAUAUUUGAUUUCGGGCCCGUAAAGUUACCGGGACUUUCGAGAAACGGGCCCCGUGAGGAAUUCACGAUAUUUCUUGAGGGUAGACAAUUAAGUCAAGAAUCGUUGCACUUUAACUACCUUAGGAGCCUCAUUACACAGGAUGGAUCCUGUGAAAAAUAAAUUAGAUCGUGAAUAGCCCGAAAACGCGUUUACUAAGAAAAAAAGAACUGCUGCCGGACAAAAGCCUUCAGCGAGCUAGCCUUUGCCUGAAGAAGAGAAUUAUAAAGACUGUCAUCUGGGGUGCUCUCCUGAAUGGAGCCGAAUGAUAGACCUUAGAGAAAGAGGACGUGCGAAGGCUGGAGAGCUGUGGGAUAUAACUUUGGAGAAUGGUUUUAAACAUAACUUGGUCUGACAAAGUCUGUAACGAAGAAGUAUUGAGGCGUGUCGGUGAGGAAAGGACCAUCAUAUCUGUCAGAGAGUCUGUGUUACGCGGGUAAUCUUUCAGAGGACGGGUAGCAUGCAAACUAAACUGAUCAUGAACGCAGGGUUGUCGGAACAGCAACAAGAAGAUUUAUUCUAAAAGUGAACGUAGUUUCCACGAAGUAAAACUCCACAACAGCACGUAAUUAACUCGUUAAACUUACACGGCCUCCGCCAACUUCAAUUAACUUGAUAAACUUACACGGCCUUCGUCACACUUGACUAAACACGACUAACGUCGAAGGCUCCUCGCUCGCCUAUUUAUAUACGUUUACAAUAAGAAUCUAGAACUUUCCAAAUAGUCCAAUUAUAGAAAGAUUACGAAAUAUACCGCUGUAGAAACGCUUACGCAAGAUCCUAAAAUAAACAAACUAUGAACUCUCGCGAAGCUUCUAGAAAGUCACGCUAGUCACGCAAUACAAUUUUUCGUAACUGUCUGUCCCAUUAGUUAUUGAGGGGAAGAAUAUCAGGAAAUAGACCACCUGGAAGACUUCGAGCGGGAAUGCUGGAUAGAGUGAACGAAGGAUGGCAGCUCUUACGUAGCGGCCAAGAGGCGUGCCUUAGAUCGAGAACCAUAAGGAAGGACUUGCCUGUGGGCAGAUCAAAUAACCUGUUGAAAAGCGGAAACAAAAGGGCUUUUACAUCUCAUUUUAUAUUCGAAACAGAAAUGAUGCGAUAUAAAGCAAGGUGCGACGGUGUGACGUGGUUUAGAACAGAUGUGAUUGUGUGAUUCGUAAAUAAAUCACACUGCUGAGAGCCAAUCAGAUUGCAGGGAUCACCAGCGAUUUCAAAAUGAAAAAUUAGGAAAGCCUGAUAAUCUUUGAUAAGACAGCAUUGAUCUUUAUUUUGUUAUUUUAGGGGGUAGACCAUACCCUGGGAUAAGCCCUAUGAGGCUAUGCAGUUUACUUAAAUCUGGAUAUCGGAUGGAGAAACCCAACACGUGCAGCGAUGAAAUGUAAGUCAGAAUAGAAAUAAUAAAAGACCUCCGAAUAGAGGGCACGAUGAAGAAAUAUACACAUAGUACUUCAAAGAGUUUUUUUUUCUAAAAUUGUCAGCCUUUUCCAAGGAGUGAAAACUUCAGCGCGCCUCCUUCCUUUACAUUGCCCCAUUCUAAAAAGAGCCUAUAGAACAUAAGUGUCUUCAAUAUUCAAUGUAAAUGGAGACAUAUGUUUGUGUAGCGGUAUUUUAAACUAUGUCUUCCUUUUUCAAUAGAUACAAAUUGACGAUGGACUGUUGGAAGGAGGAUCCAAAUGAACGACCCUCAUUCAUUCAACUAAUACCGAUACUGGAAGAGAAGAUGACGGAAGAUACCCCUUACUAUUAUUUCAGACUACUGGAUCAGAACCAGCCAUGUUACCGUGAGGCAUCCGCUACUAACACCAGUCAGGAGCCCAUGGGCUCAUGCACCAGUAAAGCUAGUACUCUUGAUACGAAGCUGUAAUUUCUGUAGGGUCUUUAUGGUUUAAAUUUUGUCAAAGCACCC